GUAUCUUAAUUUCUUCUUUUAUAACAUGUCGACGAAUAUCUACUUUAUUCUGCGUAACGUUCAGAAAAAGAUGUAUUAAUAAAUUAAAUAUUCGCGUAUUUAUAUAUCCAAAAAAGAUAUAUUACUUUUUAAAAUCAAUACUGCAGGAAAAUAUCUGAUUUGUUCCGUUUCUUUUUUGUAUGGAUAUAGAUUAAUAAGUGUCACUAUUGACCAACUAAUAUCACAGCAUAUAUCAACGUAACAAAGGGAAUCACCUAUAAACAACAUUCUCAUGCUUGUCAUUUUAUAUUUGCAUUUUUUGCCUUGCAGAGGUCUGGAUAGCUCAUCUUGCACGAAAAUUGUAAAUCUCCUAAAGCGGCUCGCACAAGAGGGUAAAACAAUAAUUUGUACUAUACAUCAGCCUAGUGCGUCCCUAUUCGAAUUGUUCGACCAGGUAUACGUGUUGGCAAAAGGCAGUUGCUUGUACCAAGGUGCAACGAACAAAUUAGUGCCAUAUCUUGAAGAUAUGCAAAUGCCAUGCCCGAUGUAUCACAAUCCUGCCGAUUACAUAAUCGAGCUUGCCUGUGGAGACCACGGUGAGGAUAAAAUAGAUAUACUAAAAACUGGAUCGCAAAAUGGAUCGAAAAAUUUUCAAUCGUUCGAUAAUCCUGAAGCUCCGAGAGAUGAUGAAAGUUUAACAGAGCUGUAUUCCUUGAAAAACUCACAUAUGAAAAAGAAUGGUGACUUACACGCAACGAAUUUUCUUCAUCAAAUCAAAGUUUUACUUCGACGUGGAUUCAUCAUGUCCAAACGAAACACGACUCUUACGCAUAUGCGCAUCGGAGUAAACAUACUUGUCGGUUUGAUGCUUGGAUCGGUCUUCUGGCAAUCGGGCGCUGAUGGCUCACGCGUUCUAGAUAACUACAAACUUCUCUUUUCUAUCCUCAUACAUCACAUGAUGACGACGAUGAUGCUUACCAUAGUAACCUUUCCAAUGCAGAUAGCUAUUCUUCUAAAGGAGCAUUUUAAUAGAUGGUACAGCUUGAAGGCAUUCUACAUGGCAAUGACACUGAUUGACAUGCCAAUCUCGAUACUAUGCUGCACCUUAUUUAGUGUAAUUGUCUAUGGCAUGUCGGCGCAACCGUUGGAAAUAAUACGAUUCUCCAUGUUCUUCAUCAUUAGCUUGUUGAUAAUGUUCAUAGGACAAAGUACCGGCCUUAUGAUAGGCGCUGUAUUCAACGUUGUGAAUGGUACAUUUAUUGGACCAACAUUGGCAGUAGCACUAAUGAUGUUCUCUGGAUUUGGAAUAUUGUUACGCGAUCUACCGUCUUAUCUAAAAUGGGGAAGCUACGUCAGUUAUCUACGAUAUGGUCUGGAAGGCUUUAUUGAUGCAAUCUACGGAUUGAACCGCCCUGUUCUACCGUGUGAAGAACUUUACUGCCAUUAUAGAUAUCCUACCAAAUUUCUCUCGGAUAUUGACAUGAAGGAAGGCCAAUUUUGGAACGACGUCAUGGCGCUCACUGCAAUACUCAUCAUCACGCGAUGCUGCACAUAUUUGCUUCUGCGGUGGAAGAUUGUAUGGACGCGAUAAAACUAAUACGAGCACAGUAUCGAAAAUACUGCCAGUUUAUUA